UCAUGAUUGGGAUCGACGUCGAAAGGGUACUAAUUUCUGGUACUUGCUUCCUUCAUAGUAAAUUACACAACAGAUCUCAGCCACCACAUUUCCUGCAUUUAUUGAGGGCAUUUUUAGACGACAUUACCUUGCUGCCUGAUUGUAAAAUGUUCAAUCAUCCUACUAACGUAAGAGAAUCAGUCGUGCCAAUCUUUCUAAUAACAAGAUUUUAUGCGCAUAAAUGUUGGCUUUUUAACACUGUGCCGUGACUAGCAGCCCACCAAGCCAAACAGCCAGCCAGUUAGCCAGCCUGCUAGCCGAUGUUGUGAAUGCUGUUAGCCUCGAUCUAGCGAAUAUAAAUAAGAAAUGCCGCUUGCUGCUCGGAUUACUAGUUCAAUGUUCUAAACGUAAAGUGCACACGCGAGUUGAAUUGUGCGGAACCAAAGUGAGCUGAACUUAGCUGACAGAUAUUUGACUAAUAACUCGAAUGGUUAAAGGAAAAGUGAAGAUCAACGAGAUUAAUUUUUUAACACAAAUAAAAAUUUAUCAAAAAUACUAAGUGAAUUGGAAGUUAAUAAAAAAUACGAAUAUAUAUAGAAAGCAUUAGAGAGAAACUCAUAAAUAAUGUGAAGUGCCAGUGAACUUUAAGUAAAUACAGUUAUUCCAAAUAAAACUUAAUUGUAGCGUGUGAUUUGAUUUAUACAUAAGACAGCAUACUGAAUGCAUGGAGAAUAUAUGAAAACUGUUUUUUGAAUUCUUCAAACACUUACACACAUCCUUAACUCGUGACAAUCCCUCAAUAGAAUCCCACCAUGCAAUCUCAUCAGGAUACUUUCGGCGCUGAGACGACCAAACGUUAUGGUCAUCGCCGUACUCCAACGCUGGGCAAAGCUAUGCCUGUCACAUCAUUGCUCCUACACUUUCCGCCACCCACAGUGUCUUCUAUGCGUACCAGCAUGCGUGAUGGCCGCACGCCGGAUGAUGAGCGACCGCCAUUAUUCUUCCAACUAGAACCCAGCUCUUUCUCAUCACAUAUGAAAGAUGAACAUACCGCCGAAAAGGAGACCAAUAAAAAUGACGACGCGCAAUCUUCAAGUGAUGAACUCAACCUUGAAAAGGAAUACGACUUACUCGUUUCGGAGUGUAGUAGUAAUGGCGAUGAUGAUGCAUCAGAUAAUGAGCACGCCGUAUCCAUUGUAGGCAAUUCAGUUUUCUAUACACCCUGUAUGACCUGUACUGACAGUGCGCCAGGCGAUAUGGGUGCACGCGCCACAGCCAUCAAUGAGAUGUGUCGUCGGCUGUGCACGGAUGAGUGUCGUUUGCGUUUGAGUUUGGCUGGUUUAGAACCGCCAUCUGCGAUGGCCUUGAAAUCGCAGGAGGCCUUGGCUGAGUAUGUGAAAGAGACAUGUCUACAGCAGCGACCACAGCUGCAACACACUUUCUCAGAAGAUACAGUGUGUGCCAGUAUAAAUGAAGAACAGAAGGCGCGUACUGUAGAUGAAGUGGAUAGAGUUGCCGCAGCUGUAGAAAAACCAAUAACUUUCGGCACGGACCUAGUCACGUCCGCCACUACAGCAGAGACGCCUACGAAUAGUAUGCGUCCGCCCUCAUGUAUUGCCAUUCAGCGUAAAAAAUUUCUCACGGAUAUUUUAACAGCCAGCACGAACGAUACAGACAGUGAUUCCAGUUUUGUUGACGAACCAAAGGAGAAGGCUGGAGACAAUGCAAAAAAAUUCAUUCAGUUUGUCAAUAAUUUAGGUAAGCCAGCACGUGAUGCGGCUGAUGGAACUACGACGAAUAAAUCAGACGACGACGACGACGACGAGCGCUACGAUGGUGGUCGCGCUCACUGUCACAACGAUAAAAGUAUGAAUGCCCCAAUCGUUGAUCAACAUGAGAUGGCCAUGCUGAAGGACUUCCGUGAGAAAUUCGCAAUUGCGGAAGCAUUGGCAAAGACCUCAGCAAUGACCUCUACGGUGCAAAUGAAACAGCGUCUGGCGGCGCGACAACUGGAAAUUACGAACGCCAAUGCGAAUGCUGCCAAAGCGGCAGCAGCUGCGGCGUUGGCGGGCAAUGUAACGGCGCAUGCAUUCGAUGCUGCCGUAGCGGUGGCAAACAAAGACGGUUGUGUGUCGCCGACGAAAAAGCAAAAAGCGAGACAAGAAAAGCACCGACAUCGACGACGUGGUGAGCAACAUAAAAAGCGACAACAACAAAACCAACAAAAAGGUGUGCCGCCAGCCAAUUUUGCGCCAGCACAUAACGCAUUAACGCACUCCAACAACAACAACAACAACAACAACGCGUUUCAUGCGAUCGAUGUAAACAGCCGCACUGAUAACAACAACGAUAAAUACAACAACUGUCAAGAUGCAAGCGCCGUUCGUCGUAGCGACUGCACCGAAAAUGUGCAUAGCGAAGGCGAUGUACGCGACGACGCCGAUGACGACGACAAAAAUGGCAGUGACAGUGACUGUGACUCUGACUGUGACUGUGAUUGUGACUCUGACAGUGACAAUGACAACGACGACGACGCGUUUGGUAUCGUCGACGCAGACAAUGUGGCUACCAGAAAACAACAGCAACAAGAGGAGUAUGUUGUAAACGAUUACGAGCCACCGCGGGACUUGCUUUUGUAUCUUGUGAGGAUGGGCUCUUUCAACUCAGCACCGAAAAUCAACAAUGUCGACUCGCAGGAUGACAGUCUAGAGAUACCGAAAGGCUUGAAUACCACCGAACUGUUGAAGCACGUCAAACAUUUGAGAGGUCCACAUCAGCCGCAAUUGCUUUCCCGUUACUUUAUUAAGCCAUCUUUAACUAGUGACGUAACUGAUGGAUUGCGCUCAUUAAAGUUAAAUACGGUAGCCAAAGAUUAUAACGUGGCCUCGUCGUUACCCAAUCAUAUACGCGUUUUGCAGUGGAAUAUUUUAUCACAAACAUUGGGACAGAACAAUGACGGUUUCGUGCGCUGCCCAGAGGAGGCUCUGACAUGGGAGCAUCGCAAAUUUCUGAUCGUACAAGAGAUACUACAAUACAAUCCAGAUAUUAUUUGUUUACAGGAAGUGGAUCACUUCAAAUUCCUACAAACAAUUCUGGGCACACAAAAUUAUGAGGGCAUUUUCUUUCCGAAACCCGAUUCACCAUGUCUGUAUAUCGAAGAGAAUAACGGCCCCGAUGGUUGUGCCAUAUUCUUUAGGCGCGACAAAUUCGAAUUGAAGAAUUUCGACACGCGCAUUUUGGAGGUGUGGCGUGUACAAAGCAAUCAAGUGGCAAUUGUUGUCAAUCUUGUCGUGAAAAGUACCGGCAAAGAGUUCUGCGUUUGCACAACUCAUCUGAAGGCACGCCACGGUUCCUUAUUGGCGAAACUACGCAAUGAGCAAGGACGAGAUCUUUUGAAUUUCGUGAAACAAUUCUGUGGCGAAAUGCCCGUCUUAAUUUGCGGCGACUUCAAUGCUGAGCCCACAGAACCUGUCUAUGCCACAGUAUUGAGCGGCAAGCAAAUGCAAUUGGCCAGCGCCUAUGCAGAUAUUAAAGCCGAGCGCGAUGAGUGUAAUAAUGAUAGCGCUAGGGAGCACAAGGAGAAUGCAGAGUCAAGUGAUGAUGCUCAGGCACAAUCGACGGACGAGGAAGAAGUGGACGCGGAGCAGGUGCAACUGUGCGAUGAUAAAGUGAUCAAAUCCAUACAAUGUGAACCACCCUAUACCACAUGGAAAAUACGUGAAGAUGGUGAAGAAUGUCACACAAUCGAUUAUGUGUUCUACACACCUGAGCAGUUUAAGGUGCGCAAUUGCUUGGAGUUUCCACGAGACGAUGAAGUUGGCAAAAAUCGCACACCGAGCUUCCAGUAUCCAUCCGAUCACUUCUCACUGGUGUGCGACUUCGAAUUAUUAGAUAAGCAAUAAAUAUGUUUGUUGAUUUUGUAAUGCGACGUUGGAAGUACAACAGACAUCACAACAAACAUAAUGAGAGCAUAGCAUUAAUGGGAUUCUUCAGAUUUGCUGGAGCCGCACAACUUUCACUUCAUUGGCAUUCACGAAAUCAAUUAAAUAAUUGUGAUAUUAGUUGUUAGAUAUAUAUAGUACUUUAGACACACGUAGUUUCAUUGACAUACCAACAAACCGAGUAGAAUGCAAACUGAUACAUUUUUUGUAAUAUUGACAGCAAUAAACCUUAAAUAAAUCAAUAAAUAAAUAUAUA